AGCUAGUGAUUGAGUGUGAGUCCAAUAGUGCAACCAACCAAUAAUUCCAAAUUCCCUCCUUACACACAACAAACAUGGCGGGUUGUUUCAGCUUCACCGCUUCCCGUGACCGCUGCUAUCGCCUCUCCUUCUCCAACGCCGGCCUCAAAUCAACCACCACAGAUAUCGGCGACGGCACAAUCAUGCACUGUUGGCUCCCCAAAACACACAAAAACUCCAAACCAUCCCUUCUCCUUCUCCACGGUAUGGGAGCCAACGCAAUGUGGCAAUGGAACGACUUCGUUUCACCACUCACCCGUCGUUUCAACGUCUACGUCCCCGACCUACUUUUUUUCGGCGAAUCCCACACAACCCGACCCGAUAGAUCCGAAUCUUUUCAAGCUCAGUGUGUUGCCGCUCUCAUGGAGGCUCACGGUGUUCACUCAAUGAACCUCGUUGGCAUUAGUUACGGUGGAUUUGUUGGUUACAGUAUGGCGGCGCAGUUCCCGGAGCGUGUUGUGAAGGUUGUGCUUUGUUGUGCUGGUGUUUGUUUGGAAGAGAAGGAUAUGGAGGAAGGGAUGUUUAAGGUUAAGAGUGUUGGUGAAGCUGCUGGUAUUUUGCUUCCAGAGACUCCCGAAAAGAUGAAGCAGCUUGUGGAGCUUACUUUUGUUAAACCUAUCAAAGUUAUGCCUACUUGUUUCCUCACCGAUUUCAUUGAUGUGAUGUGCACGGAAUACCGACAGGAGAAGAAAGAACUAAUUGAAACAUUAUAUAAGGAUAGAAAACUGUCUAAUCUUCCUAAGAUAACCCAGCCUACACUAAUAAUCUGGGGAGAACAAGACCAGGUAUUCCCACUGGAAUUAGCUCACAGACUGAAAAGGCAUUUGGGAGAGAAUGCACAACUAGUUGUUAUUAAGAAGGCAGGGCAUGCAAUCAACUUGGAGAAGUCCAAGGAACUGUAUAAGAGUUUAAAAUCCUUCCUCGUAGAUUCCAUUUCUCCAUCAACACAAGAGAACCACAGUAAUGGUCAUAAGCUGGAUUAGCAGUGUCGACCCAUGGAAAUUAUAUAGAGAACCACAGUAAUGGUCAUAUCUAUGUAUUUGUUUAUUACAUAGUAAGCAGCCAUGCAAUAUUUUUUCUUGCUUAUAGGAUGGGGAAGGUGAAGUUUGUAAAAAUGGUCCUCUGCAGAGGAAAAAAAAGACUACAUAUUCUGCCAAUUUAAAGGAUGUAUAUAUUAUGAGCAUCAGAAAAUAAAUUUUACAGAUAAGCCACUAUAAACUCGUAAUUUGGGAAACUAGGCUCAGGAUAGAAUCUGAUUCAAAGGGAACCCUGAAACAGGGAUUCACAUGUAACGUGAUAUAUCAUGAUCUGGUGUACGUAUUUCAACACUUAAUUAAUAGUGUCUGGAUUGCAAACAUUGUUUGUCUUCA